GGACACUUGAAGACAUUAUUGUCUAACAAUUCAGACGAUUCGAAUCCGGUCCCGAAGCAAGAAGCCAAAUCUCCGUGGCGAGUCAUGAAGCUGCUUGCUGUCUUCGCCCUCUUCUGCGUGUUGGCGUACGCCUCGGCCGACCCAAUACCUGCCUUUUACGAUGAACCGACUGACGAACUGAAUCCUUUCGAAGAAUCAGCGUCCGACGAAAUGUUGACGAAUGAUAUGCCGACAAUGAUCCGACAGCGUCGAGUAACCUGCGGUCUGUUCUGGAACGGCAAGGAUUUCAGCUUCAAUCAUAGAAUCUGUGCGUUGAAAUGUCUGGCGCAACGUCGUCGGGACGGGUAUUGCCAUGGCGGUAUCUGUAUCUGCCUUUAGACUCGUCGUCGACUUCUCGAUACGUCUCUUCGGCCAACCUGAUCGCAUAUAUCGAAUCCACGCGCCCUCACCGUUCGUUUCGUUAUUGACUACGCGAUCAUAUAUGCCACCGUAUCGUUCUCAGGAUUAAUCAUUGUGAUCAAUUGUUGACAAUGCGCUCGGAACGGCUGUUUGUUCUUCUUGCUAUUCUUUACCUUCGCUCACUCUCUCGCAGCGUGCGUGUUAUGUAUACGCGCGGUCUGUGUGAAUUUUCGCAAAAACCCGAUAUUACUUUUCCGUCAGUGGAAAUUGUUUGAUCGGUUUUGCCGCACCGCAUGUCAUUUAAAUAAUAGCUGCCGUCGCUGCUGCGGCAACGGGCUUUUUACGCGGAUGUGAUGUGACGAAAAUUGAUAUUUAAAGGCGGUUAUUAACGGGAGUAAUUAGUCGAUUGUUUAUCUUAAUGGAACGAGUGCCAAUCUCGGGUCAACAUCGAUUACGGCGAGUGUAUAAAAGAAAAAGGAAAAUGAAAAUUCGCGAUUAAGGUCUGCAUUAAUGCCCAAAAUCCUGUGAUAAUAAUUGAAAUUUGCCUCAAAUGAGAUACUCAGAUUUGAAUUUGGAGUUACAUGUAAGCUUGUCAGAUGAAUCACAAUUUACAAAUAUAAUGUUACUUGUGUCACAUGUGAUUCAACUGAAAAACUUAGAGACCCAGCUCUAAAGUAUAAUCUGAAUAUCUCACGUGAGAAGUUCCAAGUGAUGACUAUUAAUACGAGCCUAAGACCGAGCGUAGUCCCGCGGAAAGAUCUCGAUGCGUACAUGUCACAUACUAAUACCUAUAAUAGCACUUAAUACCUAUAAUAGCAUGUAACGUUUAUAUAUAUAGCACUCUCCGAGUAAUAUCAAUUAAUCAUUAUUGUUGUUCUCGUAUUCGUAUUUACAUACACCUACUUAUAUAUACCUUUAUGUAUACCUUUUUAUUUUAUAUAUACCUUUUAUACUUUUUAUACAUUUGCUUGUACCAUUAAAUAUAAUAUUCAU